AUGAAGUCCCUUAAUACUCUAUAUGUUUACUUCUCAUUAUGUAUCCUCGCGUCCGCCAUACCCACCAAAGACCACGAAAAGCGCCAGAACGCUGAAUUCGACUAUGUCAUCGUUGGUGGUGGCACGGCUGGCCUGACUUUGGCUAACCGUCUGUCAGAAGAUUCGAACGUCCAAGUGGCAGUCGUUGAGGCUGGCACAUUCUAUCAAGUCACAAACCCCCUAUUAUCAUCGACACCAGCGGGAGAUGUUAUAUGGGCUGGCGCAAGCCCCUUGGACACAAAUCCACUCGUCGACUGGAACUUCGUCACGCAGCCGCAAGCUGGUGCUAACAAUAGGAGGUUGCACUAUGCUCGUGGAAAGUGCUUGGGUGGAAGCUCUGCACGUAAUUUCAUGAUUUACCAGCGUGGCGACAAGGGUUCGUAUCAGCGCUGGGCUGAUGCUGUCGGGGACCAGUCUUAUACGUGGGACAAUCUCCUUCCCUAUUUCCAGAAGUCAAUCAAGUUUACGCCUCCUAAAUCGCCACCUCGCGCUGCGAAUGCAUCGGCGGAGUACAACGCAGCAGCCUUUGACCCGACUGGCGGACCUCUUCGGGUUUCUUAUGCCAAUUAUGCUGGGCCAUUCAGCAGUUACAUGGAAGGCGGUAUGAACUCGAUUGGCAUAUCCCCGGCGCAAGACUUCAAUUCUGGAAAUCUCAUGGGAGCGCAAUAUUGCAGUUCAACCAUCAACCCCGACAAUCAAAAACGCGAUUCUUCACAGACUUCUUUCCUCAACGCAGCGCAAAACCGAGCGAAUCUCAAAGUAUAUUCCCUUACACUGGCCAAGAAGAUCAUAUUCAACGCUAAUAAACGUGCGACUGGCAUCCUGAUCAGCACUGGCGCUGUCAUAUCAGCUCGCAAAGAAGUCAUUUUAUCUGCCGGAGCCUUCCAAUCCCCGCAACUCCUUAUGGUCUCUGGCAUAGGCCCUGCAGCAACUCUCCAAAAAUUCAAUAUUCCAAUCAUCCUAGACAACCCUGCCGUAGGCCAAGGCAUGGAAGACCAUAUAUUCUUCGGACCUACGUACCGUGUGCGCGUUGAAACUUUCACCCGCCUUGCAAAUGAUCCACUCUACGUCGCUGCGCAGUUCGCAACGGACUACACUUUGUUCAAGCGCGGGCCACUCACGAAUCCUGUUUGCGAUUUUCUGGGAUGGGAAAAAGCACCCAGAAAUCUUAUCUCGGCGGAAGCUGCUGCGGUCCUGAAUCAAUACCCAUCCUCAUGGCCAGAUCUCGAGUAUCUCUCUGGCCCAGGCUAUAUUGGUAACUUCCAAAACCUCCUCCUCCAACAACCAAAAGACGGCUACCAGUACGCCACCAUCCUUGCGGCUAUUGUAGCUCCCCAAUCGCGCGGCACCGUGACAAUCACUAGCGCAGACACUUCUGACCUCCCGCUCAUCAACCCAAACUGGCUCACAGACCCCACAGAUCAAGCCGUCGCAAUAGCAGGCUACAAACGCGCCCGUCAAGCCUUCUCCACACCCGCUAUGCAGGCCGGUCUUGCGGACCGCACUGAGUAUUUCCCCGGUCCAGGGGUUGUUACUGAUGAGCAGAUUUUGGGUACGAUCAGGGAGACUUUGCACACGGUGUGGCAUGCGAGCUGCACGUGUCGGAUGGGGAGAGUGGGGGACAGAAAUGUGGUCGUGGAUAGUGAGGCGCGGGUUAUUGGGGUAGAAGGGCUAAGGGUUGCAGAUGCGAGUUCUUUUGCGCUGUUGCCGCCAGGGCAUCCGCAGAGCACGGUUUAUGUGUUUGCGGAGAAGAUAGCGGACGAGAUCAAGAGGGGGAAUUGA